AUGGCUAAGAUCCUCAUCUGCAUUACGUCUUUGUGAUUCUGAGACACUAGACAAGCAACUCAGAAGUGGCAGAGUAGAGCAGGGAGGAGGAAAUAGAGCCUAAAGACACAGUUCCUGCCUCGGGGAGCUGAGGCUGAGGUGGACUAAUACCGGUGGCUGUAUAGGACCCACGACAUACGUGGAGUCUGAAGAGAGGGGAUUCUCCAUAGGCGGAGGUCAGGAGAGAUGUACUGUAAAGGAAGGGCCUAAAAUCAAGGUUUCUUUGGAAGCAGCAUGUUGAGAAAGCACCUGUAAGAAUUCUAGCCCAGAGGCAGGAAAAACUGGACCAUUGUUUAGAACAAGUUAAUAAGACUCCCUCAUGGGGAGGGGGGAUGGGAAUGGACCCAUCAACCCACCUCCCUCUCUGCAGCCCUACUCCCUCCUACCCUCUAAAUUCCACCCAGCCCUUUCUUCACCAGCAGCGCCCGAGGAGCGUAGCCCACAACCUCUCCCUUCCCACAUUUCUUUCCCCACAGGUACCCCUGGGCAGCCAGUGCGUGGACAGCGCCCGCAAUGCCACCAUGCCCUGCGGCUUUCUCCCGUAGGGCUUCGCAGAGUCUCCCCACCUGGGGCCCAUGCUCUUCCUGCUGCUGCUGGCCGUGCACCUGGCUACCCCGAGCGGGAACCUGCUCAUCCUGGUGGCCGUGGCCUUAGUGCCCAGCCGGCCGCCCAUGCUACUCUUCCUGUGCCAGCUGUCAGCCAUCGAGCUCUGCUACAUGCUGGCAGUGGUGCCCCGCUUCCUGGCCCACCUGGCCUCGCCAGGCCGUGGCCGGGGCAGCCCCAUCUCCUUCCUGGGCUGCACUGUUCAGGUGCAGAUGUUUGUGGCUCUGGGCGGGGCCGAGUGCUUCCUGCUGGCCGCUAUGGCCUAUGACCGCUACGUGGCCAUCUGACACCCGCUGUGCUAUGCGGCUGUGGUGGCACCUGGGCUGUGCACGCGGCUGGCCCUGGCCUGCUGCUGCCUCGGGGGACUGGCGGUGUCCGUGGGGCUCACGGUGGCCGUCUUCAACCUGCCUUUCUGCGGCUCCCACCUGCUAGUGCCUUUCUUCGGCGACAUCACAGCGCUGCUGCACCUGGCCUGCACGCAGAGCUACGCGGAGGAGCUGCGUCUGCUGGGCGCCUGCCUGGUGUUGCUGCUGCGGCCCUCGCUGCUCAUCCUGGCCUUCCAUGGCGCUAUCGCCUGAGCCAGGCGCUAUCGCCUGAGCCACCUGCGCUCCCCACGCGGCGGGCGCAAGGCUGCCUCCACCUGUGCCUCGCACCUGGCCGUCACCUUCCUCCACUACAGCUGCUCCACCUUCACGUACAUGCGGCCCAAGGCCAGCUACUCCCCACGGCAGGAUCGCACGCUGGCGCUGACCUACACCAACGUCACGCCACUGCUCUACCCGCUCAUCUACAGCCUGCGCAAUGGCAAAAUCAUGGCCGCCACCCGCUGGGUGCUGAACCCCAGGGCAGGAUCUGUGUGAGCCAUGAUAGCCGGCAGGGACGAGGCCAGGGGGGGCGGCUCUGCUCCCUAAACUUCCCCCUAUCAGCAGGUGUCUGCACUGAGGACGCCACCGGGAGAGCUCAAGAACCGGAUUCAGAAAAGAUAAUCUGGAAAAGUGUCCCUCUAAGAGAGUCUCCCAACAGUUUCCCCAUCCUCCGCCAGUUCUGUGUGGAAUAGAACCCUAGACCUGAUUUGAGUGGAUCCAUCAGUACCUGUAGAGUUCUUCCCAUGUGCUGGGCUUGGGCAAGGUAGCAGGCUUGUAGUGACAAAGAAGGCACAACUCAUGCCCCAGGGAGCUCACGGGGAGAGAGGACAGAUGUGAGGAGAAAACAGGAAAUGGAUGGAGGGGCUCAUGCUAGACUUUUCCAGGGGAGAGGGGAGUCAGGGAAAACUUCUUGGGGGGCAAAGAUGGCUCAAUGGAGAACUGUAGGAUGGGUAGAGGCCAGCCAAGUGAAGAGGAGAGUGAAGAAUGCUCUAAAUGGAACUGGUUAAACAGGGGCUGGGGCAUUUCGGGAAGGUCCUUGUAAAGGGCUGAAGGAUUUGAGUUCAUAGAGUGAUACGACAGCUUGCCCCUCCUUGAGUGGUCACUCUGGCCACAGUGUGGCGAAUGGACUGGAGGCAUGGAGACCCAUGGAAGCUGUUGCCAUAUUACAGGAGAGAGGUGAUGGAGUCUGGACCAGAGUGUUGACACAGCUGAUUAAGGGACAUGGAAAGAAUAAAGAGAUAUGCAGGAGGAGGAAACCACAGAAUCUUGAUUGGAUAUGAGGGCAAGGAAGAAAGAGAAGCUAAGGAUCAUUUCUAACCUAGGUCACCAGGUGGAUGGUGGUACAAUUGCUGAAAAGGACACAGGAGCAGGUGCAAGUGAGGAGGGAGGAGGAUGGGGACUUCUGCUUAGAACGUGUGGACUUGAGAUGCUGCCAGGACAAGCCAGCGAAGAUGGCGACUGAGGAAGCAAAUACACCAGUCUAGAGCUCAGGGGAGAGAUUCAAGAGGGGGGACAGAUUUGAGACUACAGACAGCUACUGAGACAAGGAAGUGAUGCCACCCACCAGAAAGCUAAUAAUUGCUCUUUAUGUGAUAAGAUUACAGGUGAUUUAUAUUUUAUUGAUUAUAUAUUUUCCAAAUUUCUCAUAAUCAUUUUCAGUGGAUAUUACACUUAUAUAUAAAAAUUACUAUUUAAGACAAAUAAUACUGGUGUGCCUCAGUGAAUCAGAGAGACUUCUUCCCCUCUACCCCCAGGAUGAAUACCUGAAGGAUGUCUCCUGAAGGCUCUGGGGUGAAGUGGAAGGGAAUUCUACCACGCAGCACAAGAGCAGGGGCGCACUGACGUGCUCUCAUCUACCUCGGUAGCUGGGUGGAGAUAUUACCGUCAAAGAUAAAGUGAGGAGACGUUAAAAGGAAGAGUUACUAAACACUCUGCCUUGUAAAACUGACUAGAGAAAUUCCCUCAAUGUGACUAUUUCUAUACAGUGUUACUACAUCAAUAUAUCCUAUAGUAAAGCGAACAAAUUGGCACAAAACUUAGGCUACAUUAGGAAAAUUCUAAAAUUUAUUCCUUCAUCCAUACGUGCAACAAAUAACUGUUUAUUGAGUGAUGGUUCCAUGCCAGCGACUGGAGAGUUAAGGAUUCAACUCUGAUCGAACGCCACUGUAUACCUAACAUGGCAUUCCAAAUUAUUGGAGUGAUGAAGGUGAGGCCCAUGUGGAGCUUGAAAUCUGCUAGGGGAUUCAGGCAAAUAAACAGGCACUGCAUUACUAAGUGAUGAGUACUAUGGUGUGACAAGAUCCUGUUGGAAGCAUUGUGCCUGGUCUUGGGGUGGUGGGAGCAUCAGGAGGUUAUGGAAGAAGUAAUGUGUAAGAUCUAAGGGCACGUUGUGAUAGCUAGAGCCAGACAAAGAUAGCUGAGAAAGGAGAGUCCAGGCAAAGGGAACAGCAUGUGCAAAUGCCCCAAGGUACGAGGCCAUGAUACAUUCCAAGGACUUGUCAAGAGGACUGAUUCUUAUUGAUGGUGAUGUUGGGAAGUGGGGUGCUGUGUGCUGAGAGGUAUUAAGAGGUUAUGCUAGAGGUACAAAUGCAGGCCAGAUCAUGUAAGCCUUGUAUGCCAUGUUAAAGAGUUUGGAUUUUACCCUAAAGAAGAAUGAGAAUAUAGAGGAGGGAAAGGAGAAAAAAGCAGGAGGAAGAGAAGGAGAAGAAGAAAAGA